AUGAGCAACAGCACCCUUCCUUCGGCCUUAAUCGAAAAGAUUCUAUGGGAUUUACCGACUAAAGAGUUAGUACGGACGAGUAUCCUCUCUAAGGAAUGGAGGUAUUUUUGGACCGAAAUUCCUAAAGUUGCCUUUAGGGAGGAAGUAUUUGAUGAUGAACUCACUACUAGUGAUGAAAUUUUAAUGGAUAAUGUAGAUGAAGACGAAGAUGCCACCAACAUUGACCUAUUUAAGUACUUACCUUUGAUUGAACAUCUUACUCUUUGUUAUUUUGGUGGAGGGGCACUCCGACAAGCGCUUGCAGCUUCAUUAGUCCACCUCAAAUCCGUGUAUCUAGAAAGUAGGUGUUUAUUGGAGGAAGAUUGGUUGCGUUCUCUUGUACUUAUUAUUAGGAGCUCCCCGAACUUGGAGAAACUUAAGCUACAGGAGGGUGUAAAUUUUUGCGACACACAGCCUGAGUUUGAGUUUGUGAAGUUUAUAAUGGCCAAUUCACCUGUUCUCAAGACACUCAGAUUAAAGGUUUACGGUAUAGAUGAAGAGUUAAAGCUGCUGAGUCUGGAGCACGCCCCACAUGCAUCACCAAUGGUUGAAAUUAUUGGUGAUUGUUGGAGGUGGUCAAUGACAUAG